CUUUACUGCAACUUGAGCGAAAAUAAAUUCCCAUGAACUUAAGUACUGUUUGAAUUGUUUUAAACUAUAUUUACAUAUCGAUAGAAAUGUUGGUUUGAAUUCUGAAACAAGAGAACUAUAAUUAUUUGGAUAAAAGUUUGCCUUUGCUUGAGAGAUUCGAGCUUCAGAAGAAGUUGAGUCAAAGUGCUAAUUCUUUGUAUCCUAGAGUGUUUUCUUCAUCUUAUUAAUCAACUCAUACUUCUUCUUAACUUGGAUAGUGAAAAUAUGAUCUUCUGGCUAAUCUGGUCUUCAUGAUAGUAUUCUUAUUUUAUAUUCACCAGAUUUCUCAUAAUCUCAUUUCUGAUCAUAGAGAGUGUUAGUUUUUUUCAUCUCAAAAACUUUAGCUUGAUUGGUUUGACUUUGAGGUAGGCUUACCUUCAACAGCGUCUUCUUGAGCAAAAGACUUUGGAUUUGGCUAUGUGAUUGAAUAUUUUGGUUGAUGUGGCCAUGUCUAUUUUUUGUUAGUAUAUCUAUUCAUUUCUUUAAGUUCAUCCCCUCGCUCAAAAGAGGCUGACCUUUUAGAAUCAUAUUCAGGAUAAUAAUUAUAAUCUGGUUCCAGAUCUUAUCAUACAAUUUUACAACAUCUGAAACGGUAGAGGGCUUUGUAAGAGUCUUAACGUUAGACUCAGAAACGGUGUAAUUCUCUUGAUCUACUUCUUUCUUUAUGCUUAUGAUGUUUUCAAUAUCGCUGGAAUUUCUUUUUAAUAUAUUCAAAGAAUAAGCCUCAAAUGAUUUACUGUUGGGCUGAUGCUUAAGCUCAUGUAUAAUAUGAAUUUUUCUUAAAAAAUUAUCCAUCAUCUCAAAUUGGGAUCCUUCUGGUCCAUUAUAUUUUUAGUGAGUAUAUUUCUCCACGAAAAGUCUCUAUAACUUCUUUGGCUUCAGGCUUGAAAGCAAACUUGCUCUUAUGAAGGGAUUUUUCAUAUAGGUCAUUUUGAUAGGAGAGGGUUAAAAUAGACUUACAUUUUUGGAGCUGCAAGACAGAUUGAGUAUUACAAGGAAUUUGUUAGAAGUAUAUCAUUAUUUAUUCUUGCUCAGCAUCAUUAAACUUGGCAUUACUUUGUUGUUAGGUUUGUUUUGAAAAUCCUGUUUAUUAUUAGACAGCAUUUCUCUUUUUUCUAUAUUCAGUGAGAAUAUAUAAAGCGAUAAUUUUUUCACAAUUAUAAUUAAGCCAUGAUGGCGUAAGAAUUUUUAUAAUAUUCAAACCUCUUCGUACUUCACUACCACCAUUUUUGUCUCAUUUAAUAGAACCUAAACUUAUAUUUUAAAAAUGGUUUCAAUCUUUAAUAAUGAAAACUAAACUAAUUUAUAGCUAAAUGCGUCUUCUAAAAAUUAGUCUCCUGGAGGUCUUUGGAAAAAUAAACCUAAAAUAGAAAAUAAAGAAAGAUUAUAUGAUCAACAAAAAGCUGGAAGAAGAAAAAUAUAUUAAUAUGUUGACAGAAUCCUCGAAUGAAGAGAUCCAGUCUCAAAGUGACCAGAAUAAGUCAUCUGAAAGGGAAGAAUCGUCAAGCGUCCGUAGCAAAAGCCUUUCUCUCAAUUUACUUCAAAUUUCAGUUGAUAAGGUAUUAAACUUCUUUAAAAACAAUGCUGAGACAAAGCACGUAAAGAAUUAUUUCACGGUUUUCAAAAAUCUGAUUAUCAAAAAGUGGGAAGAACAUCAAAGUUUAAAUAAUCCAAUUGCAUAUGCCUCUACAAUGGAAGUACCUCAGAGCACUAAAGAAUCGAUGUGGAGAAGCAUCAGAAUAUUCUCCCAACUUUUUCCUGAUGAUCACAAAAUGAAUAAAAUGGAUAAUGGUGCUCGAGUAGCCUCACCAAUUAAAAGAUUUAGGCCUAGGAUAGUUUUCCCAGAAUUUAAUUGAAUGGGAAAGACAAAAUUUAUCAAUGCAUUUGGUAAAUGAGACCCAGAUUUCUUCUUUUUGAUGAUUUUCGUCUGCUAUUCCAGUGUGGAACUGGAACAAAUCUUUUCUCUAACCUACAAAAAUAUCAAAAUAGCCUCCCAGGAAAAUUAUAGCGAAGAUGAGCAAAAGGAGACGGUUACUAUCAAGUAUAGAAGUAGAUAUAGAGGUGCAAGGAAUGUGCAAAGUUCCAAACUAUCUAUUGAUCCCAAUUUUGAAUAUCCAAUAAACAUCCAAGCAAAGAAUGAAGAUGAAAAUAUAGUACCCUCUAGCUUUUCUUUCAAAGGUUGGCUUUCUAAAAGGUCAGAUAAAAUUUUGUGGUUCAAAGCUAGCCUUGAAGAUUUUGGAGAAGCCAAACUCUAUCAUAUCCUUUUUCUUAUGUCCCUUGCUCAGCUCAAUCUAAAGAAAUCACAAUUUAUCUUGACUAACUUCUAA